ACAAUUGCUCUACAAUCAGAACAGCAACUACUGAGACCACUUUGAGAAAAGGAUGAUCCUAAACAAAGCUCUGAUCCUGGGAGUCCUUGCAGUGACCACCAUGAUGAGCCUCUGUGGAGGAGAAGACAUUGUGGCUGACCAUGUUGCCUCCUAUGGCAUAAACGUCUACCAAUCUUAUGAGUCCUCUGGCCAAUAUACCCAUGAAUUUGAUGGAGACGAGGAGUUCUAUGUAAACCUGCAGAAGAAGGAGACCGUCUGGCGGCUGCCUCUAUUUAGCACAUUUGUACGAUUUGACCCUCAAGGUGCACUAAGAAACAUAGCUAUCUCAAAACACAACUUGGACAUCCUAAUUAAACGCUCCAAUUCUACCCCAGCUAUCAAUGAGGUUCCUGGAGUUGCUGUGUUUCCCAAGUCUCCUGUGGUGCUGGGUCAUCCCAACACCCUCAUCUGUGUUGUGGACAACAUCUUUCCUCCUGUGAUCAACAUCACAUGGCUGAGCAAUGGGCAUUUGGUCACAGAAGGGGUUUCUGAGACCAGCUUCCUCUCCAAGAGUGAUCAUUCCUUCUUCAAGAUUGCUUACCUCACCUUCCUCCCCUCUGAUGAUGACAUCUAUGACUGCAAGGUGGAGCACUGGGGCCUGGACGAGCCACUUCUGAAACACUGGGAACCUGAGAUUCCAGUCCCUAUGUCAGAGCUGACAGAGACUGUGGUCUGCGCCCUAGGGUUAGCUGUGGGUCUCGUGGGCAUCAUAGUGGGCACCCUCUUCAUUAUUCAAGGCCUGCGCUCAGGCGGUGCUUCCAGACACCUGGGACCUUUAUGAGUCCACUACAAGGGAAGGUCCAUUGCCCAUCUGGGAGCAGAACAGUGAAAGUGCUAGAUGACCUAGCACUAUCUUCUGGCCUAGUUCAUCGUAUUCUUUUCUUCUCCAGAUGUCUUUCCUCUUUCCUUUCCCCAGACACCUGCUUUAUCCUGUCAGAACACAUGUUCCCUUAGAAUUCUCCCUCUGACCUCCAGAUUUUUUCUUUUUUCAAAUGUUACCUAUUAUGGAAUUCCUAAUCUACCCAACUACAUAAUCCCUCAGUGAACCUGGCCCAGUGUCUUCAUGGAAGCAAUAAAUCACCUCUUAUGAA